AAAAAGGAAACAAAAAAACAAACCAAAAUGAAGAGGAAAUUAUCGUCGCUAUUCAGAAUUGGAAUGGAGGGUCGAUUCCAAGCGAAGGGCGAUGAAGCAAGUGGGAAUGAGCAGAUCACAAUGAACAGCAAAAGGCCGACAAUGACGCUCAACGUCAACGGCCUCUGGGACGUUGUCCCACGUUUAGAUCACUACAGGCUUAGUAGACGAGCGAAGCGUCCAUCUCUCGCUGAGCUACAUGAGGGAAACCCCGCUAAGGACCCAAUAAAUGCAGCUAAUGUGGAGGCAGGUUGGGCCCCCGUCGGGGCCCCGAUCGUCCAACAGCACGAGGGCAUAAAACUUGGCUGGAUCCAAGGUGUCCUCAUACCUUGCCUCCUCAACAUCUGGGGCGUCAUGCUGUUCCUGCGGUUGUCCUGGGUCGUAGCUCAAGCCGGAAUCCUCCACUCCUGUAUCAUCAUCGGCAUAUCAGCUCUUGUCUGCGUCAUCACGACCCUCAGCCUCAGUGCAAUUAGCACUAAUGGGGAAGUGAAAGGAGGGGGUAUUUAUUUCAUAAUAUCGAGAUCUCUUGGUCCGGAAUUCGGUGCCUCGGUCGGCAUCGUCUUCGCCUUUGCCAAUGCAGUCGCCGCUUCCAUGAAUACAAUAGGCUUCUGCGAUUCAUUGAACGAGCUACUUAAAGAGCAUGGAUUGAAGAUCAUCGAUAACGGAGUUCAGGAUGUGAGGAUCAUUGGAGUCGUGGCUAUUUUGGUGAUGAUCUUCAUAUGCGCUAUUGGAAUGGAAUGGGAGUCCAAGGCUCAGAAUUUUCUCAUCGCAAUAAUUGUUGGUGCUAUCUUCGAUUUCCUGAUUGGUGCUUUAAUUGGUCCUAGAACUGUUGAACAGGAAGCUUCAGGAUUUGCUGGAUUUUCUGGUAAGGUAUUCCUGGACAACUGGCUGCCCGACUACCGCUACUCCGAGGGAAGCAAUCAGACCUUUUUCUCCGUGUUCGCGAUAUUCUUCCCGUCGGUGACGGGCAUUCAAGCCGGCGCCAAUAUAUCCGGUGACCUCAAGGAUCCCGCGAGCAGCAUACCCGUCGGCACUCUUCUGGCCCUCCUCAUCUCCAUGAUCAGCUACGUGACGUUCGUGCUGUUCGCAGGUGGGGCUGCCCUGCGCGACGCCAGCGGACUCAUCGCCAACGGCACCGCGCUCCCCUGCUUACCACCCGACUGUAAAAGUGGACUCUACAACAGCUACGCGAUGAUGCAGUUAAUGUCAGUCUGGGGUCCAUUCAUCUACGCGGGUUGUUUCGCCGCGACCCUCUCGACGGCCUUAACGAAUUUACUGUCGGUCCCCCGGCUCAUACAAGCCUUGGGUCAAGACCGAAUUUACCCGGGCUUAAUCUACUUCAGCAAAAGUUAUGGGAAGUCUGGCGAACCGUACCGAGGCUACGUGCUCACCUUUUUCGUUGCUGCUCUCUUUCUUCUCAUCGCAAAUCUAAAUGCAGUGGCACCCCUAAUCUCGAAUUUUUAUCUCGCAUCUUAUGCUCUCAUCAACUUCUGCACAUUCCACGCAGCGCUCGUACGUCCGCUGGGUUGGCGACCGACAUUCAAGUAUUACAACACGUGGCUCUCACUUCUGGGAUUCAUCGGUUGCGUAGCAAUUAUGUUUCUAAUCGAUUGGGUAACGUCACUAGUUACGUUCGUCAUCAUAUUCGCUCUCUAUUUGAUAGUCGUCUACAGGAAACCAGACGUCAAUUGGGGAAGUAGUACACAAGCGCAAACAUAUAAAACGGCCUUAUCCAUUGCUUAUAGACUGAAUUCCAUAGACGAGCACGUGAAAAAUUAUUGUCCCCAGAUUUUAGCCCUCACGGGAGCACCAAACGCCCGACCAGCGUUACUUCACUUAGCUAAUCUAAUUACCAAAAACAACUCGUUACUCAUAUGCGGUGAAAUUUACCCGUCGCGGAUGUCGUAUCGCGUGCGCUCGGCUCAUCUUCGAGGUGGCUACGCCUGGCUACAACGACACCGAAUAAAGUCCUUCUAUCAUGUCGUGGAGGAGCUGAGUCUGGAAAAGGGAGCCUCGGCCAUGAUGCAGACAUCCGGAGUUGGCAAGCUGGCGCCUAACGUCGUCCUCAUGGGCUACAAGACCCAUUGGAGUAGUUGCAGCUACAAGGAGCUCCAGGAAUACUUCAACGUGCUACACAAUGCCUUCGACCAUCGACUGGCGGUGGCGAUCCUACGAAUCGCCGAGGGUCUCGAUUGUUUGGGGAUCGGCAGCAGUGGCAGCGCCGAGGACGAUCCGCAACUCGUCCAGAGCAGCUACGACCUCGCGGGCAACACCCUGAUGCACGCCGACAGCGACCUGUCUAUGAGCGGACGCGGCAUCGCUCGAGUCCAAAGUGUCCCGACCAUAGGAACACAAUAUAUUCCUCCGGAAUCUACUGCGCCAAUGCGAGAUUCUCCAACUCAUUGGAACGCUCGAGAACAAUUGAAGAACAAAAAGAGACACAUUGCUGAAAAAAUGUUAAUGAAUAGUAAACAAAAUGGAUUGCCAGUGGUACCAGAAUACAUGACAAUUUUCCAAAAGAAACACAAAGCCGGUACGAUCGAUGUUUGGUGGUUAUAUGACGAUGGAGGUUUGACUAUACUACUGCCAUAUAUCAUCAGUACCAGGACAAAUUGGGAGCAUUGUAAAAUGAGAAUUUUUGCUCUAGCGAAUCACAAACAAGAUAUCGGUGCACAAGAGAAAGAAAUGGCAGAAAUAAUGAUGAAGUUCCGUAUAAAAUAUACCAGUUUGAAAAUGGUUGAUGACAUAAGUCUUCAGCCACGUCAAGAAACUCAAAAUUUUUUUGACAAAGUCAUUGGGGAGUUUCGAAAAAAUGACGCCACUGAAAACGCAGAAUGCAUUGUAACUGAUACAGAACUUCAAAGUUUGAGAGAAAAAACAUAUAGACAAUUGAGGCUACGAGAAUUGCUAUUAGAAAACUCCAGUCAAUCUACGUUAGUAGUUAUGUCGUUGCCCAUGCCAAGAAAGGGCGCAGUCUCGGCGCCGCUUUACAUGGCCUGGCUGGAGGCCCUCACCAGGGACAUGCCACCCACGCUCCUCAUCCGGGGUAAUCACUCGUCCGUGCUUACAUUCUAUUCGUAGUGCCGGGGGUCUGGACCAUCCCUAUUCAAUUCUUCUGCCCUUCUGUGGACCCUUCGUUGCGUAUUAGCGCGCCUGUCUUGCGCUCCUAAGCUCCAUAGUUAUUACUUUACGCGCUACAACACAACCAUUUGAUUAUUUUUCAUCUUCGACAGACUUGUGUUCUUUAAAAUCAAUUUGUUUGUAUUGGCAUAUUGGAGUUGUAUU